GCAAGCUGGGCAGUGGCUGCUGUGCCCGGUCGAGCGAUCACACACCGGGGCCGGGGGCGUGCACGCACUUUUGGUGAAUUUUGGAUCCCGAACUUUUUCUCUCCCACCACGCCUUGCGACCCCUUCACAACCCCGCAUAUCAAACCUUAGCGGUAUUUUCUCAACAAUCUAUCAAAAUGGCCGAUCCCAGAGUUGAGGAGCUCCCCGAGGAGGAGGUUAAGAAGACCCAGGUCGAGGAUCUCGACAACUCCAGCGAUGACGAGUCCGAUAUCGAGGCUGGCGACUCCAGCCUUCCCGCUGGCUCCCAGGCCGUAAUCCACUCCCGCAACGAGAAGAAGGCUCGCAAGGCCAUUGAGAAGCUGCACCUCCAGCGCGUGCCCGGCAUCACCCGCGUCACCCUCCGCCGCCCCAAGAACAUUCUCUUCGUCAUUAACAACCCUGAGGUUUACAAGUCUCCCAACAGCAACACCUACAUCGUCUUCGGUGAGGCUAAGAUUGAGGACCUCAACGCCUCUGCCCAGGCCGCCGCUGCCCAGCAGCUCGCCAGCCAGUCCGCUGAGCACGACCACGCCGGCCACACCCACGAGCACGAGGAGGCUGGCAAGGCCAAGGAGGAGGAAGAGGAGGAUGAGGGUGAGGAGGUCGACGCCGAGGGUAUUGAGGACAAGGACAUCGAGCUUGUCAUGACCCAGGCCAACGUCUCCCGCAAGAAGGCCAUCAAGGCUCUCAAAGAGAACGACAACGAUAUCGUCAACUCCAUCAUGGCGUUGAGCAUCUGAGUUGUCGUUAGGAGCCCUUGAUUGACGUUAAAAUAUACCUCUUGGCCCACCAACCCCGCCGCCAUACGGCUUCUAUCGUGUCUUAGUACCAUUGACUGCGAAGCUUCUCAUCCUCGACGGCUUAGCGAAUUGUUGAGUUCGACAUGUAUUCAUAUCAUUAGGCCACCUUCUGUCCCUACCUUCUUGACAGCCGUGGAUAUAAAAGGUAUCAUGGUCCAUUCGGUCGUAGUUUAAGCUCCACGGGAAAUUGGAAGAGCUUCAUCUUCAUAUGUGCAGAUUUGAUCUCCUCCUGAUGAGACUUCACGGAUUUUGUUGUGAAGAGUUUGCAACGU